AUGAAGGCCGCCAUCCUCCUCGCCGCGGCCACGCUCGUCCUGGCCCAGGACAUCACCAAAUAUGUGCCGACGUGCUCGUUCAAGUGCCUGCAGGAGGCCGUGACUUCGGCCACCAAGUGCCAGCCGCUCGACGGCAAGUGCAUCUGCGACCGCCCCAACUUUGAGGCCAUCUACAACAGCGGCAACGCCUGCGUGCUGCAGGCCUGCGGGAGCGACACCGCUAUAACCCAAGUUCUUCCCGGGACCUACAAGUACUGCGAGGACGUAGUGGCCGGCGCCAGCUCCGUCCCCGUCGCCACCGGCAGGCCGUCGCCGCGCCCGAGCGACGUGCCGACGCCCAGCGACUUCAGCAUCUUGCCCGUGACGCCCACGACGAUGUCGACCACGGGCAACUCGACCGUCACUAGCGCCGGCCCGACAACCGCCAGCUCGACGUCGCGCGGUGCGGGGACGACGUCGGCGCCUGCAGGAGGGGCCGCGGCGGGUGGUGCGACUGCGGGUCUUGCUGCUGCGCUCGGCGGGGUGCUUGUUGCGCUGCUGUGA